AUGGAAAUAUAUUUUUUAGCACCGAAUUUCGCUUCUUUUUAUUCGGGGAAAAAGUGGGUAAGAGUAUUACUAAAUGAAAAUCAUAAUAAUGAAGCAAGGUCUAUAAAUCAUUCAAAUUCGACAGAAAGUAAUGUUGUAGAUAGUAUGGGUAUAGAUAAGAAUAAUAAUAUAUUAGUAAUGCUAAUUAAAGAUCCGAUCUUUCUCACAAUUGAAAACACAUUUUUAGAAAAAAGAGUAUCAGAAAAUGGUCUUAGAAAAAGUAUGAGAGGAUUGAAAAUAGGGGAAAGUAGCGUUUAUGUUUCAGAAGGUGAACAAAAAAUGGGAAAACGAACAUUAAAUGGAGAUAGACUAUUCGUGAGAAAAGAUCAUUGUAACUGUUCAAUCCUAGAAAAUUCAUUUUCAGAUAUAAUUGAGAAUGAAAGUGGUGAGUUUUAUUCUUUAAUGCUUGAUGGUAAAAAUAGUGUGAAUAAUCCAAUAUUUAUACAAACAAUUUCUCUUAUAUUACUACUAUUUAAAUGGAUAAUACUGCUGAUGUAUAUAGUAGCUCAGCUUUUGCUUCCACUAAAGGUUAUGAGACAGGUACUGAACAAAAAAUUAUUAAAAUCGAGUGCUAUAUCAAUUUUUUAUGUCACAAGUGCAUCACUAUCGUUAUCUAUAACUGGUAUUGAAGGCAAAGAUUGCAUAAAUUGGUGGUUUCUCGGUUCUUCUCCAGAAUACUUAAUAGUUAUUCAAGUUUUCGUUUGGUUUAUAGCUAUGAUUUGUCUUAUUUUAUAUUUAAUUCAAUAUUUUCUAGAGAUAAAAUUUAAUAUCUCCAGAAGAUACAAGCUAAUGAAUGACUUCAUAACCACAUUUAUAUUUAUUCCAGCAGGAUUACUUAUUAUUGUCUCGGUAAGCUUGUGUAUUCUGGGUAUAGUUAAGCCAUGGAUAUUUAUGAUUUGGGUAACAACAGUAAUAAUAGAAUUUGAGAAGAAUUUAAGAAUAUUAGUUAAAAUUUAUGAUGAAAAUUUUGUAUCAGAUACAGAAACAAAUUCGAAUAGAAAUUUUGUUUUAUUUCAAACUAAUAAUAUCAGACAAGAACAGAACAAUGAAAUUAACAUAAUUGAAUUAAGAGAAGAAGUCUGUGAAAGUGAUCUAGAAAGAAUAAAGGAAAGGAACCCAAAAUUAAGUGGUAAAAAAGAAAAUGAAAUGGUAGUCAUUCCAAUUAGUAAUUCAUACUUUAAAAUUUUGGAUUCUAGAUUCGAAAAUUUUAGCACAAAUCUUUGUUUAUGGUACAUAACUCAACAUAAAGAAAUGGAAAAUAAGUCAAUUUCUAAAAUAGAAUUGGAGGAAUAUUCAAAUAAAAAUAAAUUAAAAAUAUUAGAAUUUUCUAUUUCAGACUUUCUUGAGAAUUUAAAUUUUGAGGAAAAAUCACAAAAUGAAAAUUUGCCAAGUGUAUGCUCAACAAAAACUAAUUUCUCAGAUUCAACCAUUUCCAGAAUAAAUUCAUUUCAUACGGAAAAUAUAAGUGAAAGUACCAACAAUCAAUUUAUUUGUAAUAUAUGUUUUCUAGAUUUUGACUCCAUAAUUAUUUUUUCACCAUGUGGACAUGGAAACGUAUGCUUGGAUUGUCUUGGAGAUUAUAUAUCAAACAACUUCAAACAAAAGCAACAUCCUAAAUGUCACAUAUGUCGUGAAGAUAUUUCAAGAAUGAUAGAGAUUCAAAAAGAUAAUGAAUUUAAUAGUGGAGAUAGGCACCUGUUAGAAGAGACAGAAAGCUUUGAAUCAACACUAAGCAAAAAAAUAAACACUGCAAAUCAAAAUAGUGAGAGACAAAUUCAUUUAAUUUCAAAUAUUAAAUUAAUUGCUGAAAUUACAUGCAAUCCAAAAAAUAACAAUUCUUUGAAUUACAACACAAGUUCCAACUCUGAAUCUUGCAGAAACUCAAAUUCAAAUAUUAUUACUCUUAAAAUAUCAAGAAAAAAUUCAAAUUUAUGGUCACAUCCACGCAUUAAAGAAUUUAUUAAUAAUAAAGAUAAUAAAUUAAAAACUAAGAUAUAUAAUCACUUCACCCGAUUUUUUACAAACUCAAAUAGGAGAAUUAGUUAA